AUGGCGGAGAACCUGGCUCCGGACGACGUGAACCUCGACCGGUCGAGGCCCUUCUGGUGGCGCAGGCUCACGGACUGCGAUCCCAUCUCGCUGGAGCCGCUGCGCCGGCUGCGUGUCGAGCCGUUUGAGCUCGCCGCGAGCGAGGAGACUUCUCACUCCUACUUCUUCGACGCGAGGCUGCUGGCCUCGUACCUGGUGAGCUCGGGCUCGUUCGCGCAUCCGAUCUCGAGGCGCGAGCUCACGCGCGACGACUGCGUCCGGCUCGACGCCCACCUCCGCAAGCACCGGCUCGGCAAGGCGUGCGUGGAGCACGCCUGGGAAAACAAGGAGGACUACAAGAGGCAGAAUGCGGCAACGAGCCAGGAGGAGUUUGUGGAGAGCGUGCCGCUCGGCGGCGCGCAGAUCUCCUCUGCCGCCGACUUCCCCUCCCUCGGCGACGCCUCCGCGUUCCCAAGCCUCGGCGGCGGCCCCGCACCGCGGCCCUCCUCGUCCGCCGCCGGCGUGGGAGGCUGGUCCCGCGCGGUCGCCUCUGCCGCGCCGGCGCCGCCUCCGACGAUGGCGCAGACCGCCUUCGCGUCUGCGGAGCCGCCGCCGUCGAUCGACUCGGCGGAGGCCUUCCCGACGCUCGGCGCGGCGAUGCGGUCGGGCGUGCCGCCGGCGAGGCGCCUCGACAGGGACGAGCUCGUCCGCCGCAACCGCAGCCUGCAGGCAGCGCUGUCCGGCUCGCUGGCGGGCGAGGGGCGCGAGCGCGGCAUGGGUCUCUUCAAGGUUGCGUCGCUCGCUUUCCAGCGCGGCGCCUCCGACGCCACCGCCUACAUCGCCGCCUUCGUCCACGUCUUUGGCAACGAGGCCGCGCUGGUGCACCUGCCGGAGCUCAUCGCCCUCUGCCCCGACGCGCCAAAGCAGGCCGACCUCGGCCGCGCGUUUGACGUCUUCCGCGCGGAGCGUCUAGCCGAGCGGGGCGCCGCCGUCGAGCGGAGCGCCGCAGGGGUGGGCACGUUUGGGAGGGGGGGCAGGAGCAACGGCUGGGGCCGUGGUGGACGCCGCGGAGGAGGGUGA